CACUUUCUUCCUGUCAAUAUUUUCAUGACACAAGCGACUAGGAAGAAAUCAAUAUUUGGUGAUGAGGAUAAAUGAGUAAAAGUAGUCAAUACGGUACUACUAGACGAGCACGUCAAUCAAAACAGUAUAUAAGAGUGACAUCAGAUGAUGAUGACCAAGAAUUAGAUGAUAUACCAUUGAUGAUAGGCGAGUCUACAUUUGACAUGGAUGAUGAAAGCGAUUCUCUUGUCAGACCAAAACGACAUCGACGCCCCAAUCAGUCAAGACUGAGUUUUUUCUUCGAAGGUUGUUGUGGGGUUUGUGCAAGAUGUUGUCUGAAAUUUUGCAAUAGAGAGAAGAUCUUUAAAUCCAGAGUUGUACCAAUUGGUUUAGAACCAAAUAAAGAUGAGAAAUAUCCAAAGAACGUCAUCAGAAAUCAGAAAUAUAGCAUAAUUUCAUUUAUUCCAAAGGUUUUAUUUGAGCAGUUCAAGUUUUUCCUGAAUUUAUACUUUCUGGUUAUGGCUACAUCACAGUUUAUACCAGCCAUUAGGAUUGGUUAUCUAUACACAUACUGGGGACCACUGGGAUUUGUGAUAUUUGUGACAAUGUGUAGAGAAGCUCUAGAUGAUUAUAGAAGAUACAGAAGAGAUAAAGAAGCAAAUUCACAGAAGUAUAAAAAGUUGACAAGAGACGGACUGGUAUCCAUUCCAAGUUCAGACAUCAAAGUUGGUGAUCUUAUUCAAGUUGAAAAGGACCAGCGUGUGCCAGCUGAUAUGAUUUUUAUCAGAACAACAGAGAAGCAAGGAGCAUGUUUUAUAAGGACAGACCAGUUAGAUGGAGAGACAGAUUGGAAACUUAGAUUAGCCAUACAGAAUACUCAGAGACUUGUCUCUAAUGUGGAAAUAUUAGAUAUCAGGGCACAGUUGUAUGCUGAGGCACCACAGAAGGAUAUCCAUAACUUUGUUGGUACAUUCCGUAGGACUGAUGAUGAAGUUUAUGAAGAUUCAUUGACAGUAGAUAAUACACUGUGGUCAAAUACAGUUGUAGCCUCAGGGAUAGCAUUGGGUGUUGUAAUCUAUACUGGUUCAGAGACCAGGAGUGUUAUGAAUACAUCACAACCUAAAAGUAAAGUUGGUUUGCUAGACGAAGAAGUCAACACUUUAACAAAGUUUUUAUUUUUUGCUGUCUUAGUUUUAUCCUUUGUGAUGAUGAUACUGAAGGGUUUUGCUGGGCCAUGGUACAGAUAUUUAUUCAGAUUUGUGCUGUUGUUUUCAUAUAUUAUACCUAUCAGUUUAAGAGUAAAUUUAGAUAUGGGAAAGGCUGCUUAUUCCUGGUUUAUCAUGAGAGACAAAAUUAUAAAUGAAACUAUAGUUAGAAGUACUACUAUCUGUGAGGAGCUCGGUAGAAUUAGUUAUUUAUUAUCAGACAAGACAGGGACACUGACGCAGAAUGAAAUGAUAUUUAAGAAGUUACACUUGGGAACUGUAUCUUUUACACCUGAAACUGCUGAUGAGAUUACCCAACACCUGAACUUAAUGUUUGGACAGAAGGAGGACCCUGGUCAGUCACAACAACCAUUUCUUGGGCCAUCCAUGACACCAACUCGAGGUCCAGUGAGAAGGACUGUAGUAACACGUGUGUAUGAAGCUGUCAGAGCUAUUGCACUUUGUCACAAUGUCACCCCAGUCUUUGAGGAUGAUGAAGAUGUUAACUUUGAUGAUACAGAGGCUGACAGACAAAGUAGACAGACUGUGGUAUACCAGGCCUCUAGUCCUGAUGAGGUUGCUCUGGUGAAGUGGACAGAGAGUGUGGACCUGACAUUGGUCAAACGAGACUUAAACAGCAUGCAGCUACGGACACCAUCAGGCAGUAUUGUCAAAUUCCAGAUUUUACAGGUUUUUCCUUUCACAUCAGAAACCAAAAGGAUGGGAAUCAUUGUCAAGGAAGAAGAUACAGGGGAAAUAACUUUCCUGAUGAAAGGAGCAGAUAUGGUCAUGACAACCAUUGUGCAGUAUAAUGAUUGGUUAGAGGAAGAGUGUGGAAAUCUUGCUAGAGAAGGACUGAGAACAUUAGUAGUUGCAAAAAAGGUUUUAACAGAAGAACAGUAUCAAGAGUUCGAGAUUCGGUAUCACCAAGCUAAGAUGAGUACACAGGACAGAAAUGCUAAAGUCCAGGCCGUUAUAGAGAGUCUUGAGCGUGACAUGGAGCUGCUAUGUCUAACAGGAGUAGAAGAUAAGUUACAGGAAGGUGUUAGACCUACAUUAGAGUUACUGAGAAAUGCAGGCAUAAAGGUCUGGAUGUUGACUGGUGAUAAGUUAGAAACAGCCAUUUGUAUUGCUAAAAGUUCUAAACUGGUAUCUAGAUUACAAGACAUUCAUACAUUUGGUACUGUUAUUGGCAGAACUGAUGCUCAUUUGGAACUCAAUGCUCUCCGACGUAAACAAGAUGCAGCUCUAGUCAUCACAGGCAACUCACUUCAGGUUUGCUUGAAGUAUUAUGAGCAUGAGUUUGUGGAGUUAGCCUGUCAGUGUCCAAGUGUUGUUGUAUGCAGAUGUUCUCCCACACAAAAAGCUGAUAUAGUCAAAUUAUUACGAAAUCAUACCGGGAAAAGGACUUGUGCAAUAGGUGACGGAGGAAAUGAUGUUAGUAUGAUCCAAGCAGCUAAUGCUGGUAUAGGAAUUGUUGGAAAGGAAGGUAAACAAGCCUCCUUGGCAGCUGAUUUUUCUAUUACCCAGUUUAGUUAUAUUGGUAGAUUGUUAUUGGUACAUGGUAGAAAUAGUUACAAAAGAUCUGCAGCCUUAAGUCAGUUUGUGAUACAUAGAGGGCUGAUUAUAUCAACCAUGCAGGCAGUAUUUUGUGCUGUAUUUUAUUUUGCAUCUGUAGCCCUGUUUCCUGGUUUCCUAAUGGUUGGAUUUUCUACAGUCUAUACCAUGUAUCCUGUAUUUUCAUUGGUGCUUGAUAAAGAUGUAAAAGCAGAAAUUGCUAUGACUUAUCCAGAAUUGUAUAAAGAAUUGACGAAGGGAAGAUCCCUGUCAUUUAAAACAUUUUUCAUGUGGGUGCUUAUAAGUGUCUAUCAAGGUGGAAUAAUUAUUUAUGGAGCAUUGUGGUUGUUUGAAGACGAUUUUGUUCAUGUUGUGUCCAUAACAUUUACCUCCCUUAUUUUGACGGAGUUGUUAAUGGUCAGUCUGACGAUACGAACUUGGCACUAUCUGAUGUUACUAGCAGAAAUAUUUAGUUUAUGUAUAUAUAUAGCAUCACUGGCAGUGCUUACAUACUUUGAUUCACAUUUCUUGAAGUCAUGGGAUUUCAUUUGGAAAGUGCUAGUGAUAACGAGUGUGAGCUGUAUUCCAUUGUACAUUCUGAAAUUUAUUAGAAAGAAAUUCUCACCUCCAGUAUAUGCCAAACUGACGUAGAACAUGUUUAUACCAUAUUUUAUAUUUAUUUUCACAAUAUUGUUUUAAAUCAUUUUAACACUGACUGAGAAUUCUCAAUCUUUAUUCACUCAGAAGGGAAAUCCAGACUGGAUAACAGCAGGAAGCUGUUUCGAAUAUUUGAUGUUUUUUAAAGACUUUUUAGUCAACCAGAGUUAAUUGUAUUAAUAUUUUGUUCAUCAAUGAAGGAGAUUUGGUGUAUUUCAAUGUGGCAGCAAUUCAAUUACAUAAAGGCCAAAAAACAUUUUUUUGUUGUUUCAAAAGCUAGCUUGUAACUUGUCAUCAACUCUGUUAAAAAAAGUCCUCUAACUCUUGAAUUAAAAGUUAUUUUAGUAGUGUUUUUUUGCAAUUUUGCUAGAGUGCCUAUUAAUAAAUUGAAUUUAAACUUUUUUGAUUCCAGCAUCACUGAUGAGUGUUUAUUUGCAAAAUGUGUGUCUGGCAUACAAAAUUAUGAGCUUAUAUCUUUGAUGAAGAUUUUUUUUGCAAUGUAACUUAUUGUUGAUGAAUAACUCUUAAACUCCUGCCAAAAUGGCAUAAUAAUAUAUAUGUGUAUAGAAUCAUUAUUUAUUUAUGUUAAAUUGAUUAAACAUUACACGUGUAUUUAGUUUUAGACAUUAUUUAUUUGGUAUUGGCAACUAUUAUAAUGUACUAGAUUUAAAAAUUUAAAUGCAUGUAAGAUUUAUUGCACAGCUAGGCAAGACUAUCUUUAGAACAUAAUCAAAAGGUUGUAUGCAUUAUUUCUAGUAGCAGAUACACUCAUUGGAAAACAAUAUCUUGUCAUUAGAUAAACAUUAAGUUCCUAUUAGGUGAAAGUUUUGACAUACAAGAAAAAGAAUUUAUAUGUUAGAAAAUUGCACCUUAUAUUAUGCAGUAUAAUAGUGCUCUACAAUGUUCUUGUUAUAUCCUUUAAAAGAUCAUUUUAACAAAACCAAAAGUUAGCAAACAACAUUCUAUGAACUUGCACUACUGCAACACAAAGGUUUUGCACUUCAAUGAAGGGAGUUUUGCAUGAAUAUUUAUGAAAAAUUCCCUCAUAGAACUUUUAAAAUUUUCGUUGCAUGCUUAUGCAAUAUAACUUUAUACAAGAGACAAAAUUCACCAACAUUUGUGGGGAAAUUCCAUAUAUAUUAUUAAUAUUAUCAGUAAGGACUAACACUAGUAUAUAUAAGGGUUCUAGAGGUGUAUAAAUAAAUGCUACUGGAGAAUGGAUCUGUUUGCUUAUUUGCAUAGAAAUAAUUGAUAUUCAAUCUAUAGUCCCAAAUUAUAAGUGAAAAUGUACAUUUGUAAAAACAAUGGUAGAUUUGUAAAUAAAUUUUGCCAUACA